AUGCCAGAGACCUACAAGUCCGAUAUGGCUAGUGCCCAAGUCCUCCUAGGCCUUACGCCUACGAUUCUUGCAAGCAUCGGGCCAAGCGUCUACGAAACCGCCCCGCUUAUUGCUUCAGGUCGCCGUCCGCUUCUCGUGCUCUUCCUCGUCAUCGGGUCGCCUGCUGUUGUUGUCGACCCCUCGAUUAGCUUUCGCCAACAGCCAGAGGAUCUUCGAGACCCCUAUAAAUGGACAUCGCCUGCUUCUUUACAGCGUGCGGGGAUUUUGUUGGUAAUACUGGAAUUCCUAGUAGCACUUGGGUCUAUUGCGAAUAUAGGCCACAUGAGCUACGAGAUCGCAACAAAAUCGACCUUCAGCUUUAAUACACACGAAACGUACUUUCAAACAAUUUGGAUUGCCACAAACGUCGCGAGUCAUCUCUUAUCAGCUAUUGUCUACCGCACCACUGUCUACACCCAAAGAAAAGACCAUAGCCCACGAACUAAACCGUGGUAG